AUGGCUCCUAAAUCCAGUUCAUCCAGUUCAAAAAAAAAGUCGACUGCAGGUUCUGGCAAUGCUGAUCCAAAAUUCAAACUGCCUGCUGAAUUCAUCACUAGACCGCACCCCUCAGAGGACCAUGAAGAGGAAACGUGUACAGCGUAUAUUCAUCCAAACGUAUUAUCUGCACUAGGGGUGAAUCCGGGAUCUUUUUGUACCAUCAGCAAAGUCGGUGAGAAUGGAAUCUUGGUAAUAGCGAAAGCGGAUAAUGAGGAAACACAUCCUGUCAACGUCAUUACUCUUUCUAAUACUAUACGGUCUGUUGGAAAUAUUAUUCUUGGUGAUCGCCUAGAAUUAAAAAAAGCUCAAGUACAACCACCUUACGCCACGAAAAUUGCAAUAGGGUCCCUACAAGAGUGUAAUAUUUUGGAAUGCAUCGACGAAAAAGUAAUUCAGAAACUACUAAAUGAUAGCGGCAUUAUAAUGCCUGGAAUGAUUUUUCGCAACUUAAAAACAAAAACAGGCGAUGGAAGCAUUGAUGUUGUCAUUACUGAUACGAGUGAUGGUUCGUUGCCCGACGUCAGCCAAUUAGAUCUUAACUCGGACGAAGUAUACGGUAGUUCAAAUGGUCAAUAUUAUCUAUCUCCACCUUUUAUAUUCAGGAAAGGUUCUACGCAUAUCGCGUUUACCAAGGAAAUGCAAGCAAGUCGUAAAUAUAAUCUGCCAGAGCCCAUAUCCUACGCGGCAGUGGGUGGCUUAAACAAAGAGAUAGAAUCAUUGAAAAGUGCCAUAGAAAUACCUCUCCACCAACCAACACUGUUUAGCAGUUUUGGCGUUUCUCCUCCUCGAGGCAUACUGCUCCACGGCCCCCCAGGUACUGGUAAAACUAUGUUGCUAAGGGUUGUGGCAAAUACAUCUAAUGCGCACGUCUUAACUAUUAACGGUCCCUCAAUUGUCUCAAAAUAUCUUGGUGAAACCGAAUCAGCAUUAAGGGAAAUUUUCAACGAAGCCAGAAAAUACCAGCCUUCCAUUAUUUUCAUUGACGAAAUCGAUUCGAUAGCGCCCAACAGAGCAAACGAUGACUCAGGUGAGGUCGAAAGUAGAGUCGUCGCUACAUUGUUAACACUGAUGGAUGGUAUGGGUGCUGCUGGUAGAUUAAUAGUAAUUGCUGCUACAAAUAGGCCCAACUGCGUCGAUCCAGCUUUAAGAAGACCUGGUAGGUUUGAUCAAGAGGUUGAAAUUGGUAUACCAGACGUUGAUGCCAGGUUCGACAUUUUGACUAGGCAAUUUUCAAAAAUGUCCCCAGAUCGUCAUGCUUUGAAUUUAGAAGAAAUCAAGCACAUUGCUUCUAAAACGCAUGGUUACGUCGGUGCUGACUUAACUGCUCUCUGUAGAGAGUCUGUCAUGAAGACUAUUCAACGAGGGCUGGGGCUGGAUGCAGAUAUUGACAAGUUUUCCUUAAUAGUUACUUUAAAAGACGUGGAAAGUGCAAUGGUGGACAUUAGGCCUAGUGCAAUGAGAGAAAUCUUCUUGGAAAUGCCGAAAGUUUAUUGGUCUGAUAUUGGCGGCCAAGAUGAGCUUAAAACCAAAAUGAAAGAAAUGAUACAGUUGCCUUUGGAAGCCUCCGAGACAUUCGCCAGAUUGGGAAUAUCUGCGCCGAAGGGUGUUUUACUCUAUGGGCCACCGGGAUGCUCUAAAACCUUAACCGCAAAAGCUCUGGCUACAGAAUCUGGUAUAAAUUUUUUUGCUGUGAAAGGUCCUGAAGUUUUUAACAAGUAUGUAGGUGAAUCUGAAAGAGCUAUUAGGGAAAUAUUUCGUAAAGCACGUUCUGCAGCUCCAAGUAUUAUCUUUUUUGAUGAGAUCGAUGCCCUGUCUCCUGUUAGAGACGGGGGUUCCACUUCAGCGGCUAAUCACGUAUUGACAUCUUUACUCAAUGAGAUUGAUGGUGUUGAAGAAUUAAAGGGUGUUGUUAUUGUUGCGGCAACGAAUAGACCUGAUGAGAUUGAUGGCGCUCUUUUGAGACCUGGCAGACUAGAUAGACACAUUUAUGUUGGUCCACCCGACGCAAACGCCCGGCUAGAGAUCUUGAAGAAGUGCACAAAGAAAUUUAACACAGAAGGUUCUGGAGUUGAUCUUCAAGAAUUGGCAGCCCGUACGAAAGGGUAUUCGGGCGCUGAAGUUGUGCUGCUCUGCCAAGAAGCUGGACUGGCUGCUAUUAUGGAAGAUUUAGAUGUCACAAAAGUAGAAUUCCGUCACUUUGAAAAAGCCUUUAAAGGAAUUGCAAGGGGUAUCACUCCAGAAAUGCUCUUAUAUUAUGAAGAGUUUGCUCUUAGAAGCGGUUCAUCUUCCUAA